AUGGCCGCAUAUGAUGACCAACAUAGCAGGAUUCCCGAAAAUGUCUUUUUGGGUGUGUUUUGGGCUCUGACCUCAAUCUCAUUUCUUUUCGUCUUGUUCCGUGUAUACGUCCAACUCACCUCGUUCCGCCGUCUCUUUAUCGACGAUUUUCUCGUCAUAUCUGCAUGGAUCAUUAUACUCAGUGCCGCUAUCAUAUGGCAGGUGAAAGGCAAAAUCUUAUACGAACUAUAUGCCAUAAGCGCGGGCACGAAGCCGUUUACCCUGGACUUCUUGCCACGAUACAACGUCUUCAUGCGGUACAAUGCACCAUUCCAGAUUCUAUUCUAUACGGGACUGUGGUGCAUCAAGUUCUCCUUCAUGGCAUUCUUUUACCGGCUCUGCUCGAAGGUGAAGAAGUUCCGCAUAUGGUGGUUUGUUGUGCUCUUCUGCACUGCAGCUGUCUACAUCGCCUCGAUCGGUGACAUUGAAUAUAAGUGCAGCUUGGGAGGAAUUGAAUAUAUUGUCAGUAUGUACUACCUCUCGUCACUCGGCAUACAGCAACCAUCUCCAAUGACAUGGCUAAUCGACAAAUCUCCAGCUCAAUGUCCACAACUCCAUCAUAUUCACUACGAAAACCGCAGUUUCUGGGCAAACGCCGCUGGCGACGUGAUCACGGACUUGAUGAUCCUAUCAAUCCCCUUCAUCGUGCUAUGGAACACUCGCAUCUCGCGCCGCAAGAAGCUCGUCCUGCUGAGUAUGUUUUCGGCAACGGUGGUGAUCAUGAUAAGCGCCAUCAUCCGCGUAGCGGUCGGAAUGGAGUACGACCGACAGAUCAACAUCGAUUGGCUCUGUUUCUGGAGCUUUGUCGAGGUUGACAUCGCAAUCAUUGUUUCAUGCGUCCCUUCCCUGCGUCAGCUUUUCAUCACUACUCAUGGUCCAAACUCGGGUGGCAAAGCGUCCUAUCCGAACACUUAUGAGCCCAUGCUCAAGAAGUCAAAUGAAGCGUGUAAGCAGGACAAGUCAGCCUCUGUUGGAGACAUUGAGUCGCCCUCUGUUGAUGAGGUACCAAUGUCGCCAUUGAGCGUUGUUCAUGUUCGCACCGACUACGAGGUCACUUCCGCCUCUGCGGACAUAUGCGGAGGUGAUACAAAACCCCAGCAGUAG